AAGGAAACAGUUCUCAAUUUUUAUUUGUGAUCACAGAAAACCAUAAAGACAGAGAUUAUCUGGUUCGUCCAAAAAAGAUUAUAUAAGAGUGGUAGACGGAUCCAAACUCGUAUUGCAGAAGAAUAGAAGGAGAAGAAACAAACAGAAAAGAACAUACCAGUGUAGAGCAGUGAGAUUACUACCCAGCUUGUUGGAUAAUCAAGUACAUUCUAUAUGGAAGGAGGACACCCGGCUGCUAGUAAGACAGAGUUCACUGAGUGUUGGAGAACAACAUGGAAGACCCCUUACAUUAUGCGUCUCGCCCUCUCGGCUGGUAUUGGAGGCCUCCUUUUCGGAUACGAUACAGGUGUGAUUUCUGGGGCAUUGCUGUACAUUCGUGAGGACUUUGAUGACGUUAACAAGAAGACAUGGCUGCAGGAGACCAUUGUGAGUAUGGCAGUUGCCGGCGCAAUAUUUGGUGCCGCUAUUGGAGGAUGGAUGAAUGAUGCUCUUGGCCGGAGAAAGUCAAUCUUGUGUGCAGAUUUUGUGUUCUUUGUUGGCGCAAUAGUCAUGGCUUUUGCACCAGCUCCUUGGGUGAUCAUAAUUGGAAGAAUUCUGGUUGGUUUGGGAGUGGGAAUGGCUUCUAUGACCUCACCACUGUACAUCUCAGAAGCGUCUCCUGCUAGAAUCCGAGGUGCUCUUGUUAGUACAAACGGUUUUCUAAUUACUGGUGGUCAAUUUUUGUCAUACCUCAUCAAUCUUGCCUUCACCAAGGCUCCUGGAACCUGGCGUUGGAUGCUUGGAGUAGCUGGAGUUCCUGCCGUGGUUCAGUUUGUAUUGAUGUACACACUCCCAGAGUCCCCAAGGUGGCUCUACAGAAAGAAUAAGAUAGGUGAAGCCAGGGCUAUCUUAGAGAAAAUAUAUCCUGAGAAUGAGGUAGAGGAUGAAAUGAGAGCAUUGCAUGAAUCUGUCGAAAUGGAAAAGGCUGAGGAAGGAGAUGUUGGUGAUGGCAUCAUAGCAAAACUAAAGGGUGCAUUCAGCAACCCUGUGGUCCGAAGAGGACUCUAUGCAGGCAUAACGGUCCAAGUAGCUCAGCAAUUUGUGGGUAUCAACACUGUCAUGUAUUACAGCCCAACCAUUAUUCAGUUUGCUGGAUUUGCUUCCAACCAAACGGCUUUAGCACUUUCUCUCAUCACUUCCGGUCUCAAUGUUGUUGGCACUGUAAUCAGUAUGUGCUUUGUGGAUAGAUAUGGAAGGAGAAGGCUUAUGAUCAUUUCUAUGGUGGGAAUUAUCACUUGCCUGGUGGUGUUAUCUGUUGUGUUUUUUGAGGCGGCAGCUCACGCUCCUCGUAUUAGCAAUUUGGAAUCCACUCAUUUCGGUAGUAACUCUACAUGUCCGGCUUAUGUGUCUGCCCACAAUCCAACCUCAUGGAACUGCAUGACAUGUUUGAAAGCUGAAUGUGGCUUCUGUGCUAACAGUGCCUCUGCUUAUGCCCCGGGAGCUUGCGUGGCUUCAAAUGAUGUCUUGAAAAAGUCAUGCGGCGGAGAAAAUCGUGUAUGGUACACAAAAGGGUGUCCAAGCAAAGUUGGAUUCUUUGCAGUAAUCCUUCUGGGAUUGUACAUCAUUAUCUACGCACCUGGAAUGGGAACAGUACCGUGGAUUGUGAACUCAGAGAUAUACCCUUUGAGAUACAGAGGUACAUGUGGAGGGAUCGCUGCAGUGUCCAAUUGGAGUGCCAAUCUGAUUGUGAGUGAGACAUUUUUAACUCUCACGCAUGCUUUGGGUUCUGCGGGCACAUUCCUCCUCUUUGCUGGGUUUUCGCUCAUUGGACUCGUGUUCAUUUUCUUCCUGGUUCCUGAAACCAAAGGGCUGCAAUUUGAGGAGAUUGAGAAGUUGCUUAAGAAAGGCUACAGACCAAAGUUAUUUGCUUCCAAGAACAAGAAAACAGAGGAAACCAAGCAAACAGAGGAAACCAAGCAAACCAAGAGUGUCGAACUUUGAGUUGCCAACAAUCCCAACGUGGUGAUUCUAAUAAAGAUUUUAGUAGAAACCUCUUUGUUUAGUUAUACUAGAGACUUCAUGGUGUUUGUGUGCAGCAUUAGUACAUGUGAUUACAAGAAUUAAUACAGACGAUCAAGUUUGUCAAUGAUCGAUCAUCUGGGUUUUCUUUCUUCUUCUUUGGCUGUUUCUUUACCGGAUGCUCUUAUUGUUUGAACUUAUAUAGAAGGCAUUAGUAAUUGU